GCCGGUGGCUGACCCAUGCCCUGCACCUUUUUAUACCUUGUCAUACCUUGCUUGAGGUUCCUACAAAAUGUCUUUUCUGACGCAAACCUGCAGAUAAAUUUACAUAUUUUGCAUUAAUAUUCACACCUUCACACCUACAUCUUAUCUACAUCUACAUCAACAUCGAUAUCUUCAUCUUAUCGAAGAUGACCCUCCCGUGGAUAUACCCCGUCCGAGUCGUGCAAGCACUCUUUGGCGUGAUUGUGAUCGGCUUGACAGGAUAUGUGGUUUCAACCUUUUAUUAUGGAUGGUCAUACUCGGAUACCGUCAACUUCCUCCUCUUCCUCGGUUGCUGGACUGCCUUUGUAGCAGUGCCCUACCUGGCCAUUUCACCAAUAUGGUUCCCGCGUCUUGCGCACCACUAUGUGAUUCCUGCGGUUGAAGUGGUUACCAUGAUCUUCUGGUUUGCCGGGUUUAUCGCUAUGGGAGCAAUGUUGCCCCCACCGAGGUGGUGUCAUGGGAGUGUAUGCAGCUCGCUCCAGGCAGCAACGGUAUUUGCGGCUUUUGAAUGGUUGCUUUUUGCAGUCACCAGCUAUUUCGGUGUUCUCGAUCUUAUGCACCACCGCCGCGGUGGAGAAGCGAAAACACAUUCGAAUGUGCAAAUGGGAGUUUGAAGUGCUUGCUUUAUGAUCAUCCUGAAAGCAUUCGAUACCAUUGGAUUGAAUAUUUGUUGAUGUUUUGAAUAUUAUCAUAGUUCUUGUAGUUCGUGAUGGUGUUAGGAUGCGAUACCCUUUGAUAGCGACUUAUGGCAUUCUUCUUGUUUUAGUAGCCUAUGUUAUUCUUCUCCAAAUCAAAUUUCAAUAAUUUCAAG